AAAAGUUGAUUGACCUUAGUAACGUAUGAAAAUGGAGUCGGACAGAUAUUUUCUCGAUAUCUGAAUACUUCAAAUUUAAUUAGCUGACAAGUAUUUUAGAAGCAUAUGUAGAUAAGAUAAAACAUUCCACACCUGUUGUUAGCAGAAGAUAUUCUUCACCAGUAUGACUGAUGUACUUGAUGGACCAUUAGGGUCCUUGAAAAAGCGAGCUGAUCCCCAUGUGUCAGAACUGCAAGCCAAACUACGGGAGAGAAAAAAGCUAGGAUUGACCCAUGAUUUGAGUGAUAGUGAUGUUCUGGAGGACAAUGAUGAUGGAGAUAGUGAAGAUGAUAUCCUGAACCAAUAUAGAAUAGAAUCUAGUAGCCACAGGAGAACUGAUCGUCCUAGUUCAGCAAAAAGGAGGUCACCUGUAUCAACUGGUGCCUAUGAUAGUGGAAUUUCAUUAGGUGAUACACUAAGGCCAGGACAGGGAAACAGAUUCAUGAAAUCAUCAAGAAGUACAACCCUGAGUUCUUCUCCUUCAUCACAACGUAAAUCAGAAAUGCCAUCAAUUGCUUCCCCAAAACAGUCUCCAAAAGAUAAACAAAGUUUGCUCUCUGACAGUUUGUCAUAUGAACAGAAAGAGGCUAUCAUCAUGAAUAGAAAAACUCCAACUAAAGAUCUACAGCAAAGACAGAGCCCUGUUGACCUUUCCAAACCAUGGCAGCCUCCAUCCUACAGAAAAGUUAGUGCAACACCAGAAGAUGACAUAGGUGACACUGCAAGUUCAGGUUUAAUGAGAGGAAGAAAAACUCCACAAGACCCAUUACUUGAAUCCAUCAGUGAGACACCAUCUCCUAGGUACAGGAAACAGAGUCCCAAUUCUGACAAAAAGAUGCCUUCUAUGCCAGGGUUGGACGGGAAAAGUCCUGGACUGGACAGAAAAAGUCCUAAACUAGACAGAAAAAGUCCUGGUUUAGACAGGAAAAGUCCUGGUUUAGAUAGAAGAAGUCCUGGUUUAGAUAGAAGAAGUCCUGGUUUAGAUAGAAAAAGUCCUGGUUUAGAAAGAAGAAGUCCUGGCACAGAUAGAAAAUCACCCAAGGCAUUAAACUUAGAUGAUCCUCUGAUGUCUGUUAAAGGUGCCACACCACGACCAAAACUUAAGACAGAUGUUUUUGGAAGCUCCUCAGCUAUGGAUGCAUCCCUAGAUGAAGAGCCUACACCAAAACCUAGAAAGUCAAGAUUUUCUAGUGCAGGACAGAAAACAGAAAGUGAUAGAAUUCCUGGGAGAAAAACUCCCACAGAAAAAGAUAGAUUUGGUGGUCGGAAAACACCAACGGACAAAGAUAGAUUUACAGGUCGUAAAACUCCAACAUUUGGCAAAAAGUUUGAAAAAGAAGAAAAUGAAAAAGCCAAGGAAAAAAGUGAAAGAAAGCAGGAGCCAAGUUUAAUGGAUUUUUUAACUGGUGAUGUUACUGAAAAAGAAACACAGAAAAAAGGAAAGAAAAAUGGACUUUUUGAUGAAGAUGAUAGUGACGAGGAAGAGGGAAGAAAACAAAAGGUCAAACCUAGACGACCACAACAUGAAAUUCAAAAGGAGGAGGAGCCAGAGGUAGACAGUUUUCAAGCUCUUUUAGCCAAGAAAAGUUAUCAAAAAGGAAGGAAACCACAAGCAGAUGAAAGUUCUAUUUGUGAAGAAUAUGAAUUUGAACCAGGCCUGAAAAAAACUACAGAUUUGCAUAUGGAACAGAGCCAAACACUCAGGUCAUACAACAAACAGAGGUCAGAUAAACAGCAAGCUGAAGAUGCAAUAGAUAUGGUGGCAGGUCAACAGAGAACUCAACAAAUGAAGCCAAUAGAACGCCCAGAUAGUUCUAAAAAAACAACCACAAGCAGUAAAAUUGUGAAGCCAAAACCUCGACAUUCCCUACCUGGUACCCCUACUCCUUCUUUAACCCUGUCUGAGACAGAAUUUAAUGAUACCAAAUCUCUGAGGGAAGCUAUCUUUAAUGACUGGAAGAAAGAAAGACUGAAUUCUGCUCGACAAAAACAAUCUGAAGAAAAGAAGAAAAAAGAAGAAGAGGAAAAGAAAAAGAAACAGGAUUUACAAAAUAAAAGAUUAGAGAAUGAGGCAGCAUAUAGAACUUGGAAAGAACAAAGAGAACCAGUAAUUAAAGAUAAAAUGAAGGAAAAACAUAGAGAAGAAAAGAAAAAGAAAUUAGAGGAAGAGGAAAAAUUAAAGAAAAAGAAAGAUGCAGAAAAGGAAUUCAAGAAAUGGAAAGAAUUAAAUGAUGAAAAGUUGAUUGAAAAGCAAAAAGAAAAGAAACGAGCUGAGAGAAGAAAAGAAGAAGAAGAAAAAAAAAAGCAAAGAGAUCGAGAAAAAGAUAAUGAAAGUGCUCUCAGAGUCUGGAAAGAGAAGAAGGAAGAUGUUAUUAAGGAAAAAACCAAAGAAGAAAAAGAUAAAAUGAAACAAACAAAGAGAUUUAUGGAUGCAGAAAAACGAAAACAGGAAGAGGAAGCCAGACAAAAAUAUGAGAAAUGGCUGUCAAGGAAGGACAAACAGAAAGUUGUUGAUAGGAAGAUAAGGUACAGUUCUACAGAAAGUAUAGAGGAACGACCAGCUUGGAGCCCAGCUAGUAGAACAAUUCCUCAUGGUCGAUGAUAGCCAAAAGCUUGUGGUAGUGAAUUUAAGAACUUGAAAAAAUACAGGAAUAAGUUUGAUGUUGAAUCCUUCAUUGGGGAUUAUAGCUUUGUACAUUUAACCAAUUGUAGAACAUAGGUAGCUAAGACAUUUUAUCUUGCUUACAUGAAGUAAAAUAAAACUAUUUUUGUUCUGCUGCUUGUAGAUUAACAUCAGCAUCAGUUGACAUUAGUGAUAUUUAUCCAAGCAUCAUUUGAAUAUUCUGUUAAUGUAAAGUCUAAAUGAAUAGUUCAUAUUUGUUUCAAGAUUCUUUAUUUCCUGAUGUUAAAAAUGCUUUCACACGUAACAUAACCCUACAUGUGUAUCAAAACUAACAGAAUUUGUUUUUAAAGAUAUUUAAUAUAUUUCAUACCUUCUUUUCCUAUUUUUUGAACUCUGAAUUUUUAGAUUUGUUUACUGAUUUCUUUGGUUGUAGUAGUCAUACUGAUGUUGAUAUUGUUGUGGAAAUUCCUCUUUCAGAGGCAGCUAUUGUGAAAGUAUGAUUGCUGGUGGAUUCAUAUGUUUUUUUAUUGUCUCAAAAUCAUUCCACUCUAGAUUUUCCUGUUUCAUACCGAAUCAAGUGGACAAUAUGCUCUUUUUGUUGUUCAAAUUCCUAUCAUUAACAGACCACAGACUAGAACAACAGUACUCCAAAAAGAAAGUCAUCUUAUAAACAGUAUAAAUAUAUUUUUAUUAUUCUUUUGUAGCCUUAGGCCAAAAAAAAAUAUAUGUCUGUUUAAGGUUGCAUACUUUAAAAAAAUAGGGUAGGUAGGUCAGUAUUUCCAUUUUAUUUUAUUUUUUCAUUUUAUUCUUUGGGACAUGAUUUUGAGUCAUGCCGUUUCGUCUUGUCGUGGUCCGAGUUGAUCAUGGGUCGAGUUUACCCGUAUUUUUAAUGAUUGGAUUAUUUCCCUUGGUAAUUGGUUGGAAAAAAUGGCGGCAAACUGUUUAUUUCAUCACACGAGUUGCGAAUUUCCUUAAAACAGCUGUCAUAUUCAUGAUUGUGAACAUUGGGAUGUAUCAGGCAAUUGAUUUAUAUCAUUUGCAACACUAACUUCGCUUUUGACACGAGUUCAGUUUAUUUUUCACUUUACGACGGAAAUAAAAAAACACUUGUUGUUUAAGUUCUUUGAAUUUCACUGCAGAAAACAUUUAGAUCAUAAAACAAGAGUUAUGUUUUCAGAUUGUUUAUGGACUUUAAAAUCAAGUUUUCCUAUAAUUUUAUCAGUUUUAAAGAAGAAAGCUACAAGUUUCCAUAGAAAUUAAGUUCAAGGGAGGAAACAGUAUUUCCUAAUGCUUAAAAACUCAUGGAAAAAGUGUUGGACAAUGUUUGUGGUUCACAUUUAACAAUUGACAUGGUAUUGAUAAGACUAGAACAGUAUAAGAUACAGAAAAUUACAAUUUAUACCUCUUCUUUUUUGAAAAUAGUGAACAUUAUGGUUUAUUUACAGAUGUGCAUGAAUUCAUCAAUUUAUUGAAUUGUUUAAUAUAAAUUCAUCAAUUAAAACAUAUCCAUGAUGUAAUACUUGUUCCAGUUUUAAUUUUUUUCCUGUACAUUAUAAAUUUCUGAAUAUUUUUAUGAUAAAUUUGUAUGUAUGUUUCAUUGUCAGUGAAGUAAAAGUAGAUUGUUUAUUUUAGUGCUUUUAGAUAUUAAUUAUGUUUUACAUAUGACCUUUUUUGUUGAAAAAUAUUCCGUCCUAAUGUGAUAUGUAAUGUCUGAUGUAGAUAUGUUUUAUUUUUCAUUUUUAUUUAGUAAAUGUAAUUUCAUGGAUUUUAAACUAAAAAGGCCAUUUUGAUCUGAACUGAACUUAAAAGACCUCAUUCUUUCAGUCACUUUUCAGAGCUAUUGAUUGCAAUAAAUUCAGUACUGUUCAGACAUUUGGCUUGCCAUCAAAUUAAGGGGUGUUGUGUUUUUGGUAUGAAGGAAAGUGAACAUGCCUAACAAUUCAAACUGAAUACCCAAUUUUUUGGCUAUAAGGAUAUAAAAGUUUGUUGAAACAUUAUCAACAGAACCAUACAUUUAAACAUGCUUGGCAAGCGUCACAUUUUUAAGAUUUAAUUGUCUCAAGUGGGGAAAUAUGAUAUCUAACUCAACAAAUUGGUAGAAUGUAUAUUUAAGCUUUAGAUUAUUACUAUUUUAGUUUAAGACUUAAUAAUAGCAGCAGUUCAGUCUAUAUUGUUUUAGUUAUUUGUGUAGUACUACUUGAUGUUUAGGUCUUCAUCUUAUCUGUGAUAUGUUUCUAUUAAAAAUCAUGAGAAUUAAACAUCUUAAAACAAA